AUGGGGACUUCAGGUGCUGGAGGGCAGGAGCCGGAGCCCUGCAGCUCUCCAGGUGACCUUCCCCCGCCAGGCCUCUUCCUCAACAUCUCCUCGGCCGAAGAAGGUGACCUGGUCCUUGCCCACUGCCUUGUCUUCUCCAGGGCCCCCAUCACCCACAUCUUCUUCUGCAAGGAUGGGGUGGAGCUGCUGAAGAAGCCAAUGAGGAGAGGCCACUUCAGCUCCAGCCUCCCCAUCCAGCUGGCCACCCAGACCAGCGGCAGCUACGCCUGCGGCUACCAGCGCAGGAGCAGCCUUGGGCAGGUCCUGAGCUCCAGCUUGAGCAUCCCACAGCUCCUGACCACCACAGGUCUGAAGAGUCACCAGAGGAACAUCAGCGUCGCCCCUGGCCCUGAGCUGCCACCCACAGGGCUGGAGGUCUCCAUCAGCUUGGCCACAGUGGUCUUCAUUAUCUUGGCUUUGGUCUUGGCUGUACAUCUUCUCCUGCACAUUGGUAAGAGAUGGUCCAAGAAGACCUCCUGGUCCAUCACUGCUCUUCAGAGAUGGUCUAAGAAGACCUCUUGACCCAUCACCAUCUCUUCCUUGCAGGAGGUCGACUCCAGCUGUCCAAGAUGAAGAGCUUCAUGCCCUGGUAGAAGACCACAAGAGCUGCAGAGGAAGAGAUGUCCAGGCCAGGAGGACCUCUUGGACCUCCAGAGAAAUGCUCCAAGGUGCUGGUGGAGAUCCAUGGAGAGGAUCCCAACAAGUUCCAGCUCCUCAUAGCCAUGGUAGGGUGGAGUUGGCCCAAGAUGGUGACCCUUGACUCAAUGUCACCUUCUCUACAUCUCCAACCACCCAAGGUGGCUUCUCUACCACCUUGGGGUCCCAAGUGCUUCCCCUGAAGUCCCAAAGACACAGCCCCUGGCCAGGACACCACUGCCCAAGGUGGCUGCAGGAGAAGGUUUUGGGGGCCAGCUGAGGAUAUCUUAGUGGCUCCUGGCCAUAAACUCAUCAAGAAGGUCUAGCAAGAAGGUCCAUCCAUUAAGAAGGUCCACCUAGAAGGUCCCUCCAUCA